AAUAUAAUAAUAAUACUUUGUUAUUUGGUGAUGAUAAGUUGGCUGCUCGCACAAAUAACAUGGUGGACUUUUGUCUCUUGACUUUUGAUCCCGGUGUUGUGGUCGGUAUCAAACCACGCUUGGAUCGUGCAAUGGUUAAAAUAUUUUAUGUGAGGACUGGUGGACUCAGAACUCUGCAGCAAUUUUUAAAUGCAGUGAUAUACGUGUGAAUAUGGCUGCUAUACGGAUUUGAUAAGUUACGAAAUAAUAUUUGAAGAACUUUAUAAGCUCAUUAUCGCAUCGUUUACGUACAAGUGCAGCUCGACACUUUUUAUGGUUGGGGCUUCAGUGUUCGAUGUCGAUGUCUUCAAUCUACUGUCCAGCGUGGUGGAUGGAUGGAGUUGUGAUUUUUCUCUCAAGUCGCAACUUUUCUUUCGACUGAUCUCAAGCCCAGGGAGAAAGUAUUUUCGUUAUUUAAUUAGUGUUUGAAUUAGCAUAAAAUUCGUACAAGAUGCAAAAGUUACCUUUAGUGUUGGCCAUAAUUGGCGUGACUGUUGGAGCGUUAGCGUUGAUUUUUGGGUUCCAAUUAUUUCCGAUGUUGAUGAAAAAGAAAAUUACUGCGCAAAGUCAGCUCGUUAACGGGACGGACAAGUGGGAAUCUUGGAGGGUAGUUCCAAUCCCAGUUUUUCAGAGGAUUUAUAUUUUUAAUGUCACAAAUCACGAAGAGGUCAUGAGAGGUGGGAAACCUAUUCUUCAAGAGCUGGGACCCUACGUGUACCAGCAUAAGCGAACAAAAGUGGACAUCAGCGUUGACGAAGAUAGCGACACGGUUUCAUACAAACACAAAGAUUCCUACUUUUUCCGCCAAGACAUGACCACGGGAAGCUUGACGGAUAAAAUUGUUGUACUGAAUAUUCCCUAUUUGGGAGCCGUCUAUAAAUCCAUGCUGGCCGGAACUGCGGCGCGAUACAUGGUCUCGGAAACUAUUUCUGAACAAUUUCCCGACGAAGACAUGUACGUCCAAAUAACGGUGGAUGAAUUCCUCUUUGGUGGAUACUACGUCCCACUAAUUGCCGAGUUAAGCGCGUUAAGAGGAGAAACAUUAAUGCCAAACAAUACUUUUGGUCUUUACUAUGGCAAAAAUGGGUCCGAGUCUCUCACCUACGAAAUCCGUGCGGGUGUCAAAGAACCAGAAAAAUUUGGAAGGGUGGUUUCCUACAAUAAGGACAAAUCAAUGCAAUUCUUUGAUGACGAAAAGUGCGACGCGGUUGAAGGAUACGACGGCUCCAUGAUGGCCCCCUUCUUAACGCGAGAUAAGGAAUUUUACUUCUUCAUUCCCAAUCUUUGUCGCAAAAUGCAGUUCAAAUUCGACGGGGACACGGAAAUGGGGGGCAUUCCUGCCUAUAAGUUCACAGUCCCACCGUUCUACCUGGCCGAUGUGAAGACCAAUCCGGACAAUAUGUGUUACUGCUCCAAUCCUGGGGACGAUGGGGAAAAGUGUUUCAAAAGCGGCGUGUGGGAGUUGUCAAAAUGUCGGCAAGGAACUCCAAUGGUAAUGUCCUUCCCACAUUUCUACAAUGCAGACCCAGUAUAUCUCGACCAAUCCGUGGGACUGGUCCCUGACCAAGAAAAGCACGAGAUGGUUAUCAUUCUAGAACCGACGGCAGCAAUUUCAUUCAAGGUUGCGGUUCGCGUCCAAAUGAACUUUGCAAUAAAACCGACCAGAUAUUUCAAGAAGUUGAAAAAUAUUCCGGAAAUGGUGCACCCAAUCUUUUGGAUGGAUCAGGGCGUCACUUUACCUCCACCCGUCCUCCAAAUGGUCAAGGACAAGUUAAUCAAAACUCAGGAAGUUGUGAGACUUGGCACCUACGUCGGUUUUGGCGUUGGUUGUCUCUUCAUCGUUGCGGCCCUUCUCGUCUGUUGGUGUAGGUCACGAAAAAGUACGAAAACUGCAUAUGCUCCCACGUUCAACACGCAAAAAGCCUCAAUCGCGAAAAUGAAAGCCUCCGAGUCUGAAAAUACAUACUCCGCAUCACCCCUCAAGCCGGAUUAUACGGCUGAAAAAUACUCCAAAAUUACAUCCCCACCAAAUCCGAGACCCACCGUGCCAGAAGAAGAGCGGCCUUUCCUUCCUCCCCAAAACGGCCAAGUGAUUUCCACUCCGCCAAGAUCCAUCCCCGUCCCCGCUCCAGUGAUCAGCUAUCGACCCCACUCGCCCAGCGGGGUGCGAAUGGACGACGCGAAUCCAUCCGUGGUGGGGUUUCAUCCCAAAAUCGAGGACAACCGUUCUCGCGACGAACCUGACGAGAACAAUGGAUUUCCACCACGAACAGUGACACCGUCCGGUCGAAAUCCUCCGCUUGGCUCGCUUGGGGUCCCGUUUCCACAAAGCAAUCAAUUUUCUAGUUCAAAUUCUGUGAACAAUGACUUAAACGAGAUUGAUAAUACGCUCAGAGAUAUUAACGACGCUGUGUCAUCGUAUGAAAACUUGAAAUAGUGAGAUUUAUAAGUAUGCAAGUAUGUAUAUGAAGCAGCCAUAUUUAUGUAAAUAAGAUGUGAUAUGAUGGUUACAAUUUGCUCAUUCAUACCGCAUUAUUUCCAGCCAGUCAGUUUUUUAGCGUUUGAUAUUUAUUGUUUAAUUUUAAAGCCAUUAAAUGUCCUUCCAUCACAAGAUUUGUCAAGUUAAGGUUAUUAUUGAGAGUUCAUGUUAAAUCCUUCAUGCAGGAAUUUUUUGUUAGGUUAAUAUUUUAUAAACUAUUAUUUUACGAGGGUUUAGUUAUUUAAUAGAUGAGUCAGCGUCUUUUUUCUUGGUGUGGAGUCAGAACCAAUAAAAUAUAAUAUUUAUUAUGUCUGCUUAUCCA